UAUUCAGUUGUUAGUGUGCGUGUCGUGAAGGCAGUUAUCAUACACGGGAGACGCUUGGAUAACUCUGACCCAGGAGUGAGUUGGGAGGGGCCAGCAGUGGAGAUGCAGUGACGAAUGGCAGGAGGUGGUCUUCUCCGGUUGGCGCUGCUCUGUCUAGUGCUGUGGGGGGGCUGGGAGGGGGGUGUGGGCAGUGGGAGGGGGAGGGUGGAUGCCAGGGUGGACUCCGCACCACCAUCCCUCACCUACACCAAACUACUGCAGCAGACAAAUCAUGCACGCCAGGAAGCGGCAACGAACACGACGAUUGGGCAGCCGGUGACAGCGAUCAGCUACCCGCGCGGUCGCGAUGGCAUCCGUCGACAGCCGGCGUUCCCGCCCGGGAUGGCAUUCCCCUGUCAGGCGGCGACCCGAGGCGGUCGCUCCGCUAAGCGACCCAGCAGCGUGCACCGCCUGAGACCCGGUGACGUCGACGUGGUUGGCGCCAUGGGGGACAGUCUGGUUGCCGGCAAUGGGGCGCUCGAAGAGUAUGCGCUCGGCACCAUCAUUGAAUACAGGGGCGUGUCCUGGUGUGCUGGCGGUCAAGGCACCUGGCGCGAGUUCCUGACACUACCCAACAUCCUGAAGGAGUUCAACCCUGGACUGACGGGCUACUCGGUGGGAAAGGGCGAGUUCCUCGCUCCCAACUCGCACAUGAACGUCGCCAUCCCCGUUUCGGCCGAUUUCGACGCCCUCCGUCAGGCAAAGAUGCUUGUCAGCAAAAUGCGCAAGGACAGGCAUGUCAACUUCAACGAGGACUGGAAGUUGAUAACAAUAUUUUUCGGCGCCAAUGAUCUCUGUUCUGGUCAGUGUUUCGACAAGGUGAAGGCGUCAGCCAAGCAGCACAGCUUCAAGCUGCAGACUGCCCUAGACUACCUACAACAGCAUUUGCCUCGCACCUUUGUCAAUCUCAUACCUGUGCUUGAUGUGUCGGUGAGUGUGCGUGUAAAGCGCUCCCUGAUGUGUCGACUGCUACAUCGGCUAUUCUGUACCUGCUUCCACCUCACACCUGGUGACGUCAUGGAUGCCAUUACUAGUCUUGUCAGAGACUACCAGGCUGCUGAACGCCAACUAAUCGAGAGUGGACGUUACAAUCAACGUGAAGACUUCACAGUAGUCAUUCAACCUUUUAUGAAGUUAUUCAAUGCACCCCUGGAUCCUGUUCUAAGGAAGAAAGAGGUCAUCGACAUUUCCUAUGUUACUUACGAUUGUUUCCAUUUCAGUCAAAAGGGUCACGCAAUGGCGGCCAACCUAUUAUGGAACAACAUGCUGGAGCCUGUGGGAUAUAAAACGCAGUCCCCAAUCGACCACGUGAUGGAGAAGUUCAAGUGUCCCACCACUGAUUCGCCUUUUCUAUUCACCUACAACAACACGCAAACCUACCUCAGAACGGGAAAACAACUCGGAUAACAGCAAUUAUUUGGACAUCAAAAAUUCUGACUGGAAAAAUAUCACUAUCGUCAAAUCUACUACAAAACAUCAGCAUUGGUUUAUUGGUCGAAUGAGAUGCGUUGGUGUUACUCAUAAGAAAUUCUGACUGUUCAUAACUAAUCUCACUGUAUUGUAAUUGGGAAUAAAUUACUUUUCAUAAUAAAA